UGGAGCAGUCAGCCUCAGCACUAGUCAGCAGUCAGAAUCUGACUGUCAGAUCAGAGUGCAUUUCAGACAAGUUUUAUUUAUUAUCGCAGAUCAUCAUAAAUAUUUCAUCCUAUUUCGGAAAAGUAUGUGACUCAUUUUGUAUUUCAUAUUUUGAACGAGAUAAAUAAUGGAGAAACAAUUAGAGACCAAGGCACCUGAGAAAAAACCAAAACCAUCAUUCAUCAAUGCGAAAUCCACAAAGAUCUCGUCAACAUCUCCUCAUCAAGUUCAGGAUGCGGGAUAUAAUCUUGUGGACGCACUUUUGAAGCAUGACCAACAUUUGGAUGAAAGACUUGAAGGACUGGUUAUUCAGAGUGACGAUACCCAGGAAAAGGUUUCGAAAUUGGAACAGGAGUUGAAAGAUUUGAAGAAAACGUCGCAGGAUUAUGAUGACCAAAUUGCAACCCUCGAAGCUAAAACUUCUGCCGUAUUCGACAAUGCGACGACCAAACUCAUAAAGAAAUAUUUAGCUAUUUAUGAAAGACUGAAGACUGACGAAAAAUUAUUUAAGACGUCUUGUAACGAAGAGUUGGAAAGAUUGCAACUGGAAUUGGCGACGCAUGAUGAUGUCACGGAUGCAAAUAAAGCCGACCUCCAGGCCCAGUUGGACAAAUACAAGGAACGAAUUGAAGAGGGGAGAAUUGAGCUGGCUUCAAUCAAUAGAAAAGUUGCCACUUUAAAGCGUCAAAUAGAACAGGUUCCUAAUCGACAGGAAUUAAGGGAAUAUCGCCUUCGCUUUUCAGAGCUUUAUAAUCAAGUUUCUGGAACACAUCGAUCCACCAAGCAAUUUUUCAGCCUCUAUAACUCACUAGAGGACACCAAAAGAUAUUUAGAAAAAGAACUGUCUUUGCUUAAUUCUAUUGUGGAUUCAUUCCAAGUAGUCAGCGGGAGUGCCUCGGGACGUGAAGACUUUUGUCGACAACUUCAGCAGACGCAUGACGGAAUGAAAGAAACGUGCUCCAAAGUCGAGAAAAGGUUACAGACUGAAAAACUUGGAGUGGAAAAAAUGCAUAUCGAAUUCCAAAAGCUGGUGGACUUGAAGGUGUCGUAUGAAAAAUGCCUAAAGGAAUUGGAAGCAGAAUGUAAAAGAAAUGAUCACCUCUUGGCCGAGUGUAAAGAUUUUGAAAAAUCGGCAGUUCCAACAACAAAUUAGUCAUUUUUUACAUCUUUCUUUCUGUAUGGUGUGUAAAUAUAAGUAACUGACAGAAUAAGUUAUUAUUGUGUGUUCGCUAUCGCUCUUUCAAAUGGUACCAGACUUGGUGUUUGUAAGAAAACCAUACUGGUGGCAUAUGCCAGUCGUUUGUGAAGCGUUUUGACUCCUAGUCCUCCGAAACUAUAAUCAAUAGAGAUUAAUUUAAGUUUAUGCUAUUAUAACAUACGAGUAUAUUAUAGCGUGUGUACAUUGCAGUGUAUGAUCGCGACGAAAUUGUUGGGGAUUUCCUAAAAAUAAAUAAUAUAUAUACACACAUAUAUAUCUGAAAUAUUAAUGUAAAUAACUACUAACAAAUUUACCAUGAAUUUUUCAAAAGGGUGAAAUACAUUUCUUGAACGACUCUAACAUAAU